UCCGACAAACCCUUUCCUGAGACUAUUUCCACUCUUCUCUUUCAAUCUGCGAUUCCAGAGAUGGAGAAGACCGACUUCGUUCGACGGGGAAUCAAGCGCGUCUACCAGAGGCCGAACUCCUCUUACCAUGCCACGGCGCCUUCCCAUCUCCGAGUCUGCUACUAUUGGCGGGCGGGAAGGUGCGAUCGCCACCCGUGCCGCUUUUUGCAUGGCGAGUUGGCCGACGCACCGACCCCUGUGGCUGCCGCAAUCAUGAAGCGGUGGCUGGCGCCGACCUACCCUAACACCUCUGGCCUUCCUUCCGUGUUGGGGAAGCGCCGCGACGCCAGCCCACCCGUCGUCGCAAAGAAGAACGACCAUGCCGCCGACGCACCAACUCCUCUGGAUGCCACAAUCAAGAAGCUGCGCCCCGCAUCGACCAGACCUAACACCUCCGACCAUCCCUCCGAGUUGGGGAAGUGUUGCGAUGCCAGCCCACCCGUUGUCGAAAAGAAGAACGACAAUGCCGCCGACGCACUACCUCCUGUGGCUGCCACAAUCAAGAAGCGGCGGCUGGCGUGGACCAACCCUAACACCUCUGACCCUCCCGCCGAGUUGGAGAAGCCUCGGGACGCCAGCCCACCCAUCGGAAAGGCCAACGACAACAAGAUUCGCGGCCAGUUCUUCGCCGGGAACUCUACUUGCGGAGGAGUAUUCUCCCAUCUCGCUUCUCUCCGAGGGCACAAAAACGCCGUCUCAGGAGUCACACUUCCAGAUGACUCAGACACGUUGUUCUCUGGAGGAAAGGACGAAAGGUUAAGGAUUUGGGAUUGCCAUACUGGUCAGCUCCUUGCUAGCUUCAAAAUGGGAGGGGAAGUGGGUUCUCUGAUAAGUGAAGUACCCUGGAUAUUUGUAGGAGUUCCAAAUUCUAUCAAGGUCUGGAACACUAAAAUGGGAACUCAGACUUGUCUUGAUGGACCAAAUGGACAGGUCCAUUCUUUGGCUGCUGCCAACGGAUUGCUAUUUGCUGGUGUUCAGGAUGGAAGUAUACUAACAUGGAAAAUUGAUUCAGAAAAUAACUCUCUGGAGCUAGCAGCCUCCCUUGUUGCUCAUAAACUUACAGUAACCUCAUUUAUGGUGGGCGACAUGCUUUACUCUGCCUCCAUGGACCACACUAUCAAAGUGUGGAACCUUAAUACCUUGGAAUGUGUACAGACAGUCAUUGAACAUAAGUUGGCAGUCUUGUCGUUGCUACGUUAUGAUAAAUUUUUGAUUUCAUGUUCCUUGGACAACACAAUAAAAAUUUGGACAACUGCCAAAGGUGGAAAUCUAAAAAUGGUAUAUUCCCACCAAGAAGACCAUGGUCCUGUUUGUUUACGUGGGAUUCAGGGGACACCCAUCCUACUAUCCUCUUGUAGUGACAACUCAUUCCGCAUCUAUGAACUGCCAUCAUUCAUUGAUAGAGGUUAUAUUGGUUGCAAAGAAGAAAUUGACAGUAUUCAAGUUUCCCCUGGUGGAUAUCUUUACAUUGGACAUGUUACUGGACUGCUCGAUGUCUGGAAGUGUGAGACUGCUAGUAUCUAGUCAUAUGGUGCAAGAUGUAUUAGCUAGACAAGAGUGUGACUUCAUUCCUUAUUAUUUUUUUUUUUCAUAGUUCGAGAGUUAUUUUUGUAGUGUUAAUU